AUGCCUGCCAUGCUGGAUGACCCGACGGCGCCUGCCAUCUAUCGUGCAUCCGGCGAUGCACCCUAUCCCACUCCAUAUGCCCCGCUGCCCGCCAACGUUGUGCCUCGUCAAGUAACUCUGCGUGAUCGCUCAACCACUGCCACCCUCGUGCCUUUCUCUUCUCCGCAUCAAGUGCCCCAGACCCUGCUUCACUACCUCUGCGCCCUGCUCAAUCGCGAAAUCGAGGGCGGUGACACGUACCCUAUGAUCAAUGAGCUUCCGCUCGAGUCUUUCGGUCCCUACUGGUUCGCCAACUUCGGUGCCGUCAUGCUGUUGGGCGAUGUGAGCAAUGUCGACCAUGUCUGGCAGAUGGAGAAAGACGGCGUCGAUUGGUCUAAGCAGUGUCUAGGCAGCUUCUACAUCAAGCCCAACUACCCAGGUCGCUCCAGCCAUGUCUGCAAUGGUGGUUUCUUGGUCAGUGAUGUCGCAAGAAACAGAGGUGUAGGCCGCUUGAUGGGCGAGGGAUAUCUGGAAUGGGCUCCUCAACUGGGCUAUUCCUACUCAGUCUUCAACCUUGUCUAUGAAACCAACAUUGCUUCCGUCAGGAUCUGGGAUGCACUGGGCUUCAAGCGUAUUGGUCGCGUCCCCGGCUGCGGCAACCUCAAGUCUGCCGAUCACCUUGUUGAUGCCAUCAUCUUUGGCCGCGACCUCAACGGCGAGGCCGAGGACUAUCUGUCUGAAGAGCGUUUCGACAAGAUCCGCUUCUACCUCAAGACAGGCAACUAUCCCAAUGGUGCUGACCGUGCAGAGAAGAGCAGACUUCGCAGUGCAGGCGCUCACUACCGACUCGUCCCCGAUCCCAACGGCGGCGAAGAAAAGCUCAUGCUCAAAGACAAGGAAGUCAUCAGCGACCCUCAAAAGCAAUACGAAAUUGCCUUGAAGACGCACGCUAUGUCCCACGCGGGCAUCAACAAAACCACUGCAUCGAUUGCUGAACGCUAUCACUGGAUCCGCAUCAAAGAGACUGUCUCACAAGCCAUCCGCAACUGCACAAAUUGCAAGGAUACCUCAAAACAGGGCAAGGCAGCU